CUUCGAAAGAUGUUAAGUUAAGUCUUCGCGUCCCUUACUUUCCUCCUCUUCCCUCACACAACAUUGGUAUUGGGUCCGUCAGCACUUCCUUCGCUAGGACUUCUUAUCCUUCCCUUCGUUGUAACUUGCUGCCGUCCCAGCCAUGGACUUCGUCAACGCCACGGCCAGUACUUUCAACCAGACUCAGGACUACUUCGGUGUCCUUGAGGAGGUGUCCAAGUACAAUGUCCACCUCAACUACUUCGAGAAGCUUUGGGCUGCUUGGUACAUGUACAUGCAGAACGACACGCUCGCGACCGGUAUCAUGAGCUUCCUGAUGCACGAGAUUGUCUACUUUGGCCGCUGCAUCCCCUUCAUGAUCAUGGACAAGAUCCCCUACUUCCACAAGUACAAGAUCCAGCCCCAGAAGAUGCCCACUCUGAAGGAGCAGUGGGACUGCGCUGCCAUCGUCCUCAUCAGCCACUUCACCGCCGAGCUUCCUCAGAUUUGGUUCUUCCACCCCAUCGCGACCUACUUCGGAAUUGACUACGGUGUACCUUUCCCAUCGCUCCUCAAGAUGGCCGUGACAAUUGCCGUUCUCUUUGUCAUGGAGGAUACUUGGCACUACUGGUUCCACCGCUGCCUGCACUACGGUCCUCUGUACAAGGCAAUCCACAAGAUGCACCACACUUACUCUGCUCCUUUCGGUCUCGCCGCUGAGUACGCGUCGCCCAUCGAGACCAUGCUCCUCGGCCUUGGAGUCGUUGGCUCCCCCGUCCUGUUCCUCAAGAUCACCGGCGAUCUGCACCUCUUGACCAUGUACGCUUGGAUCACCCUCCGUUUGUUCCAGGCUAUCGAUGCGCACUCGGGCUACGACUUCCCCUGGAGCUUGCGCCACUUCCUUCCUGUCUGGGCUGGCGCCGACCACCACGACGAGCAUCACGAGAGGUUCAUUGGCAACUACGCCUCCAGCUUCCGCUGGUGGGACUACAUGCUGGACACUGAGGCUGGUGCCGAGGCGCACAGGAAGCGUCGCGAGAAGAAGCUCGCCAAGAUCAGGUCUCAGAAGAAGGCCCAGUAAACACUUGGUCAAGCUGCCACGGCGGUGCACGACAUGUCUGGCGGCGUUGCCGACAGAUCAAGAUGAGCAAAUGGAUACUGAUGAGAAGCACACUCACUCCGAAAGAAGAAUAGACCUGCGGGUAAUUAGACCUGUCCAGCAAAUGCAGCAUGAGUGGCGUUAGGUGUAGCGUGGAAACCUGCCGGUUGUAAAUAUGCGGGUACUAUCAUGGGAACUAUACAUUUUAAUUAAUACUCAAAUCCUUCCUCAAAGAC